AUGGCAGCUCCCGUAGAAAGGCUGUUAGGUGAUUACGGUGGAGCGAAUGCACCAGCUGGCCGGAUGACAAUUGUGAAUCAACCGGUGGAUGUUGCUCACUUUCAGUUACAUCCAGCAACGAUUAGACAGUUGGAGAAGAAACCCUUUUCGGGAAGGAUAAAUGAAGAUGCUAAUAAGCAUUUACAAAGGUUUCUCACCAUGACAACUUCUCUAAAGAUAGAAGGACACUCUGAAGAAGCAAAGAAUGUUAGCCAACCUGAAGGAUUAGUGGAUAUGAAAUUGUCAACGCAAGUUGUAAAAAUUGAAGAUCAGGUAGCUGCGGAAGUUGAGCGGAGAUUGAAACAGAUGGGUCUUGAAAAGCAAACAGUUGCACAAGUUCAACCGGCUCAAGCAAGUCAACCGGUAGGGUGUGAAAUCUGUGGAGGACCUCAUUUUACUGUUCAGUGUGUUGCUACAGCUCAACAGGACCAAUCAGGGAGUGCUCCUAAACAAGGGGUGCUUCCAUAUCAAGGUCAACAGUCGCAACAACAAUAUCGACCUCCCCAACAACAUUAUCAACAACCUCAGCAACAAGCCCCCAGGAAAGCAGAUUGGGAGAUUGCCAUCGAAAAAAUGGCAGCUCAAAGCUCUCAGCUUCAAGAAGAAACGAGGAGUAAUUUCCGGAAUACGGGUUCCUCCAUUAAAAAUUUGGAGAUUCAAAUGAGUCAGAUAGCACAGCAGCUAGCAAACACUCAACAGCCGGGCGCUUUACCAAGUGCCACAGUUACCAAUCCUAAAGAUCAUAACAAUGUGAGCGCUAUUGUCACUAGGAGCGGUAAAGGGAAAGGUGUAGUUGAAAAUAAUGACGAGGAAGAGGAACCAUUGCUGGAGGUAGACUUAGAGAUAAGAGAAAAUGAGGUAGAAGCUGAGGAAGUGGUGGUGAUGAAACCAACACCAAAAGAGAAGGUGGUUGAACAAAAACAAAAGCCGGCAGUAAAACUUCCUUUUCCGAUAAGGAACAAGAAAAAAGAGCAACAUGAGAAGAAUUUUGAAAAGUUCUUGGAGAUGUUCAAGAAGUUGGAGAUUAAUAUUCCAUUCUUAGAGGCAUUAGAACAAAUGCCUACUUAUGCAAAAUUCAUGAAGGACAUCAUCGCCAAGAAAAGAACCAUUGAUCGUGACCCUAUUAUUCUAACUGAAACGUGUAGUGCUAUCUUGCAGGGUAUGAAGAUUCCGGUGAAGAAGAAAGAUCGGGGUUCCGUGACUAUUCCUUGUACAAUUGGGGAUAGGUCAUUCAAGAAAGCUCUAAUUGAUUUGGGAGCAAGUGUGAGCCUUAUGCCGUUAUCGAUCUACAAGAGAUUGGGGAUAGGUAACGUACAAGAUACAAGAAUGACACUCCAGUUUGCUGACCACUCAGUUAAAAGACCGUAUGGGAUAGUAGAAGAUGUGCUUGUGAAAAUCGACAAAUUCGUGUUCCUAGUGGAUUUUGUGAUUCUAGAGAUGCCGGAAGAUGAGGAGAUCCCUAUCAUUUUAGGAAGGCCAUUUCUAGAGACGGGGUGA